AUGCACAUACCAUCGUACACAUGCCGCACACAGCUCGCCGCCGCCGCCGCCGUCCCCCGGUCGACCUCGUUAGACCGGUGCAGUGGCAGACCGGACCUGUUCGGGUCCCAGUCGGUCGGUGCUGCCAGCCGCUCUCCACGAGAGGAGGUGCGGACGGCAGCAGUCACCAGGCGGCCCCCGAGCCAGCCGCCCAGCCGCCGGGACGCACCGCGGGUGCCGAGAAGCUCCACCGUCACCGGGAAGCUCUGCAGUCGCCGGAAAGCUCCGUCGUCACCGAGACGCUCCAUCACGGCGACGAUGACGAACCGUCUCCCCGCCCCGCCGCCGAUGACGUCGAAGAUGCUGUUGAUGUUGUUCCUGGUGAUCGCACAGCUCCUGGGCCAGACGUCGGGCCAGCUCGCGGACGUCUCGCGGUGGGACGACCACACGUUCGAUGCUCAGGCGACGGUGGCGGUCGCGCGGUCGCUGCGCCCGCAGCUCUCUGCCAAGGAGGCGCGGCCGUCGCCGCUGUUCGAGCCCCAGGACGACGGGAGCCCGUGGGAGAGGUCGGCAUCCACCCCACGCCGCUACGUGUCGCCGUUCCAGGUGGCGCGCCUCGUGCUGCAGACCCUCGACACAGACACGGACGUGGGAGCGUACGGACGGUUCGAGCUGGUCACCGGAGUGACCGCCACGCUCUCAUCGCUCUAUUUCCCGGGCCUUUACCCGCCGUACCAGUGGAAAACCUGGCAACUGACGGCGGAGGACGAGCAGGCCACGCUGCGGAUGACCUGCGACACCUACGAGCUCGGCAAGGGUGACCGACUGGUGCUGCGCGACUCAGUCCGCGGCCGGCGCACCUACUACAGUCCCGGCGACCCGCCGCCAGAUGUCACCCAGCCCUUCAUCCUGCUCGAGCUGCGCUCCCGCUCCGAGGGUCGGCUCCGCUGCUCGGUGAAGGCAGUGCGGGUGGAAGGAGGGUCACAGCUGGGUCAGGUCACCCCGGUCAGCCGGCCGGAGUCGGCUCAGCCGCAGCCUGGUGUCAAACCGGAGCUGGCUGAGACGAAACCGUCUGUGCCGCCCAAGCUUGUGACCCCCCAACCCAAACCAUCGACACCAGCCCCGGUUGUGACCACUCAGAAACCCCAACCGGCGGCUAAACCGCAAACUCCCUUCUCUCAGAAACCCCAGAAACCCAAGCCAGCGGCCAAGCCCCGACCUCCACUCUCAUCACAGAGACCAGUGGUGCCAUUUGAGGUCGGAGUGGCCCUCAACCAAACCCGCCAGGUCGACCGGCCGGUGGACCUCAACGACCCGAUCUGCGGAAAAGUCCAAACGAACGUCCGAAUCGUCGGCGGGGAGGUGGUGCCUCGCAAGGCUCUCCCAUGGAUGGUGGGCAUCACCAGCCUGAUCGGUCGAGGCCCGUACUGUGGCGGCAGUAUCAUCAACGAGCGCUUCAUCCUGACAGCCGCCCACUGCGUCAAAAACCGAGAAGCAAGUCGUAUUUCCGUACUGGUUAGAAAGUACAAACGAUACAGGGACGAAGAUCAAAUUCGAUUCUACGUCAAGCAAAUCAUCAAACAUCCCGACUACAACAAGAUCCGCUCCGACAGCGACAUCGCAAUCUUGGAGCUGAGGGACACCCUUCGAGAGCUGAUCUCCAGCGAGGACGGCCGUGUGCGACCCAUCUGUCUGCCCUCAGCGGCCUGCGGUGGCGGCAGCGGACCGGCGGAGGCCUGUCUGACCGGUCGAACCUCGCUGAUCGCCGGCUGGGGUCUGCUGCGCCAGGACUCGCUCGAUUACCCGGACGUAGCGCUGCAGGUCGAGCUGCCGGUGCUCUCCAACGACAAGUGCGCGGAGGAUUACGCCAACGAGCCGUUUGUCAUCACCAGUAACAUGGUGUGCGCUGGUCUGCCAGAAGGCGGCAAGGAUACGUGUCAGGGUGACAGCGGAGGACCGAUGAUGCUCAGAGACUCUGCUACCAAGGUCCACACCCUGGUGGGUGUCGUCAGUUUCGGCAAAGGAUGUGCGCAACGUGGCUUCCCCGGAGUGUAUGCGCGUGUAUCGGAAUAUCUUCCCUGGAUUCGUGAGAACACCGUUCUUUGAUGGAAGUCUAUAGGAGCGUAACGAAGUCGGUUCACGAAGACAGCGACACCUCCUAAACUAUGUCGAGGGACACAGUCGUCCUUCAAAUGAGGCGCGGUAAUUGGAAACCGUGAACGUCUCAAAGGAAAUGCAUCAGCGGCGAGUUCGUCCCAAAAGUAGUGCAUUGCAGACUGAGACUGAUGUAAGUGCGCUGUGCAGUGUAUGGAUUAAAUUAUUCAACUGUACUGCUCUCAAUGGUUAUGUAAGCACAUUUCGCAAACACGAUCUGUGAUAUGCCAAACUACCGGGACAACCUUUUCUGAGUAAGGCAUCCCGAUUUAUAAAUGACUUAGCAAGAAUCUCAGUGCACUGGCUCUAACAGGGCUCGACGGAGAAGUAUUCUACGCUGGUUUAUUGAGUCGGUUCACUCAAUUUAUGGGUGUGCACUGUGCAAUAGUGCACCCGUACGCCUUUAUGGUGUCAAGAAAAGUGAGCGAAUUUGGCAACGGCAGGAUUUGAGACGUGCUUGCCUCUAAUCCUGACCAUCUGAUUGUUGUUGGAACAAUGCUAUGGUGUAAUACAGUUGUCAUUGUAUGUGGAAUAAACACCAAAUGAAUCGA